CUGCUCUACCCCAGUCUUGGCGCACGUCUGUUAGCACGCCUCGAGCUUGCUCCCCGCGGCUACCUUUAGUAGCAUACGCCAUACGCCAGUGUACACUUACCUAGAAGCAUAUCAUACCCUGCGACCUAGCAAUGGACUGCGCGAUCAGCGUUAUUCUUCCCUAAUCCACAUCCAGCCGCUUCAAACUUACCUAGAAACUCUGUUCCCCCCGCCGCGACAUCAAACCACCAACUACCACCACCUCCUCGGCCAUCAUGAGCUCCAGCGACAGCUCCAAGCCUCCCUCUCCCCCGCCCUCGGCUCCCGACCUCUCCAUCCUCGGCGACCAAGUCGCACUGCACCCCGCAGGCUACUCCUCCACUGCGCUCGCGAAACACGACAACAAUGGAUCUCCAGACAGGAAUCUGGUCGAGGGCAUGGCGCGGUUCCGCACCUCGCCGAUGGACUUCUUGCGCGAGUUGUCUUCGUACGUCUCCGGCACCGGCUGGCGCAGCUACGACAGGAUCGUCGGCCAGCCCAUCUACUACUCCGGCUUCAGCGAGACCAUGAAGUCACGCAUCAUGCAGACGCCAAUGUUGCAGCGCAAGAUUGGUGAGCUGGCUGUGCGCCGUGUGAAGACUGAGGAGCAGGAGGGCCGGUUUGGAAGUCCGGACGAUACCAAUGGCGACGGUUUGCAAGAGAGAAAGGAGAAGAGGAGGAGAGAGAUCUUUACCCAGUUGACGGAGGUUUGCGAGGAUAUGACCGAUAAUAUGAUAUGCAAGAUGGAAAGCAAGAGGUUCAUUCGUGGCGCAUACUAUUUCGCCACGCAAUUGCUCACGAGAGCUUACCAUCAAGGCAUCCACGUCUCGAGUGAAGAAGUCCUCCGUCUGCGUGCUGUUGCCGAGAAAGCAGAAAAGGACAAACACUCCAUAAUUUUUCUCCCCUGCCAUCGUUCGCAUGUCGACUAUGUUUCGAUGCAAUUGAUCUGCUAUCGGCUUGGCCUGGCUCUCCCCACGGUUGUUGCUGGCGACAAUUUGAACUUUCCUUUGGUCGGAUCAUUCCUUCAGCAUGCAGGUGCCAUGUGGAUUCGUCGGAGCUUUGGAGACGACCAACUCUAUACUACCCUGGUCCAGUCGUACAUGGACACGCUCUUGACCCAUGGAUUCAACUUUGAGUGUUUUGUUGAGGGCGGCCGCUCAAGGACAGGAAAACUUCUGCCCCCUAAGUUUGGAAUUUUGAGCUUCUUGCUUGACAGUGUCUUGUCUGGUAGAGUUGACGACGCCAUAAUCUGCCCGGUGAGCACUCAGUACGAUAAGGUCAUUGAAGUCGACUCGUAUAUCAGUGAACUCCUUGGACAGCCAAAGCCAAAGGAAAAUCUGAAAGAUUUCCUCUCGGCAUCAUCUGUCCUGUCUUUAAAGCUUGGCCGUGUCGAUGUCCGCUUCCACGAGCCAUGGAGCUUAAGGGGCUUCAUCAAUCAACAGAAGGAGCGUAUGAUUCGACUUCCACAGCAGAUUGAUGCAGACAAAAUGGAUGAGAAAGAGCUCAGGUUAAGGCUGCUGAGAACGCUCGGAUACAGAGUGCUCUCUGAAAUCAAUGCUGUGUCAGUCGUCAUGCCGACAGCUUUGGUAGGCACCGUGCUUUUGACUCUCAGGGGUCGCGGUGUCGGCAAGAGUGAGCUCAUCCGGAGAGUCGAUUGGUUGAGCGAACGCGUCCGCAACCAGGGAGGUCGAGUAGCACAUUUCGGCGGCCUUCCAACUGGCGCUGUCGUUGAGCGUGCGCUUGAUGUUCUUGGGCCGCAAUUGGUCGGCUUGGUCCCUGUUCUUCCGGAAGAUACGUACUAUGCUGUUGAUAGAUUCCAAUUGUCGUUCUAUCGCAAUAUGACAAUCCACCUCUUCAUCCUCCAGUCCCUUGUCUCGGCCGCCAUGUAUGUCAGAGUUAAGCUUGGCGGUGGUCCAGAGCACCAGAGAAUAUCGUACCAAGACCUCUAUGAUCAGGUCUAUUUCUUAUCCCAGCUCUUCCGUGGCGAGUUUAUUUUCCCUACCGAAGGACUGGCGGCAAAUCUGGAAAAGACCCUAAAUGGUCUUGAAUCGGACAACGUCGUAAAGAUCACCAGGAACCGCGACAGCGGGAAAGCUGAAUUCGCCGAACUGAGCGACGCGGAAAGAGAAUGCGGAAGAGAGAAUUAUGAUUUCUAUUGUUUCUUGAUCUGGCCUUUCGUCGAAGCCAGCUGGCUGGGCGCGGUAUCGUUGAUGAUGCUGACGCCGCCGCUGGGCUCCUCCGGCACGCCAUGGCUAAGUGCGAAAAAAGUACAGGACCAUGCGCAACUUCUAGGCAAAACCCUCUAUCACCAAGGCGAUCUCUCCUACUUUGAGGCCGUCAACAAAGAGACCUUGAAGAACGCCUACCAGCGCUUCGAAGAAGAAGGUAUCAUCACUGUUUCCAAGUCCCGCGACGCCCGUGUCCCUUCAACGCUGCGGUUGGCCGAUGAGUGGAUGCCGAAAAGAGAUCCGCAGACCGGACAGAUCAUGGCCGAGGGUAAACUCUGGGACUUCGCCGAGAUGAUUAGCCAAUCGAGGCGUGAAGGGAAGAACCGGCGUGACGGCAAGACGGUCCAGACGCGAGUCCUGUCGCUGGCAGACCUCGUCGGCCGCAAGCUCUUCGAAGAGGCAAAGGACGAAGAUAGCGCGGAAAAGGAGGUCGUUGCGAAGAAGAAGCGGAGAAAGAGUAUCCGGACCAAAGCGCGCUUGUAGAGUAAGACCCUAAGACAGAGCGUCGUUAUCCGCAUCAACCCUUG